AUGUCGAACGUUGAAGCAAGUAAGCUAUAUGAAGCUAUUAUCGAAGAAGUGAUUAGCGAUUCAAGGCAGGAUUUUGAGGAUAGUGGAAUUGAUGAAUCUACUUUACAGGAUUUACGUAAAAUAUGGUGUGAGAAACUAAGUCAAUCUGGUGUUUCCAGAUUUACCUGGGAUGACGAACAAACUAAUGCUUAUGAAAUAGAUAAUAAUCAAUUACCACAACACUCAGAAGAGCCUACUGGUAGUGUCUUGGGCGAUAAUUCGUUACCAUUGGGUGCCGGUUCUGUAUUAGAAUUACCCAAUAUGCAAUCUGAUUCUCAGUUAUCAUAUAAUACCACAGGACUUAGCAGUAACAAUAAUAGUGAUAUUCAAAUUCCAAAUAUAGACCCAACUCCUAAGCAGGAAUAUGAUGAUAAUGGUACCGGUUUAAUGCUCCCAAGAAUUAAUCAAGCCGAUGGAACUUUUGAAUUUACUAUGCAUACUGAUCAGGCAACCAACAUAAUGAAAAAAUUGAAAAACAAUCGUCAAGGAUCAGCCAAUAAAAAUAUCAGCCAAGCGGAUGGCAAUGACGAUGAUGACAAUGAUGAUGAUGACGAUAUUUUCAAUGAUUCAGAUGACAUUAACUCUGAUUUGGAUGAAGGUUUGGAAAGUGAAAAAUCAGACGAGGAAGAUGGGGACCAAGAGGGCCAAAUCAUGUUAUGCUUGUAUGAUAAAGUUCAAAGAGUUAAAAAUAAAUGGAAGUCUAAUUUAAAGGAAGGAGUGGCUAAUAUUAAUGGAAGAGAUUAUGUCUUCCAGAAGGCUACUGGAGAGAGUGAAUGGUGA